AUCCACGACACAAACAUCGGCGCCGUUUCUGCGGAGACUCGUGCUCUAAACAACAUUUUGGGUUGGUGGGAAAGUGUACCUGCGUUAGCGGAGGCUGGAGUUGCACUCCUGAAACUCAUGGCCCUUAGGCCAACUGCCGGAACGGGACACGAGAUGCCGGUCAAAAGUGGAAUGGCCUUCGCUUCAAUGUCGCCUGUGAUGAGGACCUGCAUGCAAAAAUCUGCGCUUGUCCUUAUCAUGCCAUGUUAUAGCAGAACUAGAUCUGAUGCAUGCGGUGCAAACCACCACCUGAAAUAUUGA